ACGACCUCAACUCAACAUUCAACAACCACCUUUUUUAUUAUAUUUUUUUGUAAUUUUGAAAGUAUAAUAUAGAUUGUGAAAUAGCAACUUUCAUUUUCUUUUGCACUUUUAUUGCUGUCAGGUUUAUAAGAAAAUAUCGAUGAUUGUUUAUCGUAGGAUAAGCUAAACUGAUUAGAUGACGUCCACCGAAUUGAUUCUGCGUUGCCAGUAUCAAGGUGGACAAAGACAUGUAGUAAAAGGCUUAUUUCGAAAUUCCUUUGUCAAAGACCUUAAAGAAAAAAUUUUCCAUAUCACAGAUGUUCCAGUUGAACUACAAAGAAUCUUAAUAGGCUUUCCUCCAAAGGAGAUAAACAUAAACAAUGAAAAUGCAUCACUGUCAAGUAUUGGUAUAAGAACUGGAGAGACAUUAAUCAUAGAAAAAGAUCAUCAUUUGCAAACAUCUGAAUCUAGAAAUAGAAUAAUCACAAAGUUAACAAGGAAGACAAUUCCUGCUGAUAAUUCAUGUUUAUUUGCUAGCAUAAGUUAUGUUAUGCUUGGAAACACAUCAUUUUCCAGCGAACUUCGCAAGUUGAUAGUGGAAACAGUUUCAAGAGAUCCAGUAACAUUUAAUGAAGCAUUUUUGGGCAGAUCCAAUAAGGAAUAUUGUGAAUGGAUUUCAAAUCCUGAAAGGUGGGGAGGUGCUAUUGAGAUAUCAAUAUUAAGCAAGUAUUAUGAAACAGAGAUUAAUGUUGUCAACACAGAGAAUGGGCGGAUAGAUCAAUUUGGCGAGAAUGAAAAUUACAGUAACAGGGUGUUCCUGAUAUACGAUGGCAUUCAUUACGAUCCUCUGGUCUUCAACGCAGAUGGUAAACCGAUACAAACGGUUUUUAAUUCAAAAGAUGAUGCAUGGCUUGCCGCUGCUCGUGAAGUUGGCGAUGAAGCACGCAAGAUGAACCAAUUUACAAACGUGAGCAAGUUUAAAUUGCGAUGUAUAACCUGUGGUUUUGCAUUGACCGGGCAGGAAGCUGCUCUUGGACACGCCAAGGAGACUGGACACACAAAUUUCGGUGAAGUUUGAAAUAUAAAGAGAUUAUAUAUGCCUUGUAAAGUCCAUCCACGUUCGAAAAUUGUAUCCUUCAUUUGAAUGUCUUCAAUGAACGUCCUUUAAUUGUUGCAAAAACAUAAUCCCAUCCCAUCCCGAUUAGUCAUUUGUAUUAUUUCGGCAUUGCACUCUUGUAACGUAUUACAACUUCACAGUAUCUUUUGUAAAUUGUAUGUAAAUAAUCUUUAUGCUUUAUGAUCAUUACUAUUAUAAAGAAUAUAAUUUAUUGCUUCAUACGUCCAAUGGAAAGGAAUGAAUGCAUGGAACACACUUGGAAUGCAAAAUUUGCUUCGGCAAAUUAAACAGUGCUGUUGACAACCGAUUUUGAGAUGUGCAACGCAACACUAGUGCAUAUACAAUUUAGCCUGUGGUGACAGUGGUGUUAACCCCGUUUUUCAAGAAUUUGCCAUGGGGUUCCUAGAAUAAUCCAUUCUGUGUGUGUUUCAGUUUUUAUGAUGCACUUGGUUAUUUUAUACAUGUGUUUAAUCUCUGCACGUUCGUGUAACCGUAUAAAAACUGCAAAACUAAAAAAUAUUAGCCCUGUUUUCACCACAUGCAUGCACAUGACAUUUCGGGAUCUUAUAUAGAUAGAGUUAUAACAGCCUCUAGAAGACCAAACUGCUAAAAACUCCCACGCCACUCGAGCUCCGUCCCGCUGCCGCAUCUUGGAUGUCCAUGCAUAAUAAAAAGCAUGCAGUAACUUAAUUUUAUUGCCCUUCGAAAAUCAUCAUCCCUGCUUGUUUGCUGCCCUGCAUAGCCAUGGAGUACUUUAGACAUCAAAUUGAAAGUCCGCAUGCAUGACAUUUUAUUGUUGUAUACUAUAAUAUAAUUUACUAUAAGUAAAACGCGCUGCAUCCUGCUUUCAUUUGCGCUGCAUGCACGAUAUAAAACAGUGAAAUGUCUUAUUAAAAUUACAAUUAAUUUUUAGCCACAUUUUCAGCUGCAUUUUUAUAAGGAAGUGCAUGGAAAAGACCGAGCCGACGAAUAACUGAUCUCUAUAAACAACAUGCAUGAACCAGUCGAUUAACUGGUUGAUUUUUUUACACUAUGUCUAUAGUCUAUAGUUGUUUUCUGCUACUAAUUAAUAGGCUAGUUUCAUGUGUGAAGUAUAUCUCUAACCGCAUUGUAAUCUACUCGUCUUUUUAAUUUAUAUUUUAUGUCUUAUAAAUACAAUUAUCUUACAAGACACAAUUGAAACUGCAUGUCAUGCAAUGUUAGGAGAAAAGUUUAUUACAGUCGAUUCCGGGAAUAUGGUCUUUUUAUAUAUUGUUGAAUGUUGUUAUUUGACUUUUGCCUGAAUGAAUGAUUGAUUGGCGGCUCACUGCAUAUCGAUGAAUAUACGAAUGUCUAAUAAAUAUUAAAUUAUUAAUAUCGCCUCCCUUUGGCUUUGUUUUAAAGUAUAGUAACAGCAAUAAAUUAAAUGUGACUGCUUCAGUUUAUUAUUAAUAAGGAAUGCGAUCUUAAUUAAAA